AUGUUGCGAACUGGUGUGCUAGUGACAAUUGCAACAUUAGCAUUGUUGGCGGAACGUGAUGGUGUCCUGGGCGGUAUGACACAGGCAGAUAUGGAUCGAACUGCAAAGGCAAUGAGGAGUGCGUGCCAGCCCAAAUUUAGUAUUUCCGAUGAUAUUGCUUCCGGUGCGUCAAAAGGGGAGUUUCCGGACACGCGAGACUUUAAGUGCUAUGCAGCGUGUUUGAUGGAUCUCACGCAAACCGCUAAGAAGGGAAAAUUAAACUAUGAGGCGGCCGUCAAGCAGAUCGAGCUUCUCCCAGACCACUAUAAGGAACCAUUCCGUCUCGGAUUGGAUGCAUGCCGUCAAGCGGCAGAUGGAAUUGAAGACCAUUGUGAUACAGCGUAUGCACUUUUGAAGUGUUUCUUCAAAGCGAGUCCAGAAUUCUAUUUUCCGUGA